AUGGGAAGCGUAGAUGUAUCAAGCCGACCUAAUUUUGUACUUUUUAUGCCAGACCAAUUGCGUUACGAUUGUAUUGGAACUUUUGGAAAUAACCAUAUUAAAACUCCAAAUAUCGAUAGUUUGGCGGCAUCGGGCACAAAAUUUACGAACUGUUUCUUACAGCACAGCGUCUGUAGUCAGAGCAGGUGUUCAAUAUUUACAUCUAAAUAUCCACAUGUGACAGGUAAGCGUGGGCUUAAUAGUCUGCUGCAACCCCACGAAGACAACUUUUUGAAAUCUUUAAAAGAAGACGGUUACAUGUUGCUGUGCUAGGUCCAAGAGGAGACCUUUUCGCAAGUGGCGCCACAGAACUUAGCGUCGAUGAGUACGGAUUUAUCAUCGAGCCGGAAACAUCAUUUCUUGGUAAGAUCGAAAAACAGCCAGUCGACCUUAAACGUGUAUUUGACUUGUGGGGAAACUUAUUUUACGAAGGCAGAAGAGAUAUUAAUGUCGAUUAUGAUGAGGCUGUCAUAAAAUCUGCAGAGCUAUGGUUGAGGAAUCCGCCCAAGGAUAAGCCUUGGUUAUUACUAUUACCUCUUAUAUUUCCUCAUUGCCCUUUCACAGUGGAAGAGCCAUACUUCUCUUUAUAUGAUAGAGAAGCUUUACCAGAUCCCUCAGAAGCAAGGAAUAAAACCGGAUAUGAACCUCAAUACUUUGAUUAUGUGCGAAAAGUGUUUCAGUUAGAGGAUGUCAGUAAAAAGGUUUGGAAAGAGAUAGCUGCCGUAUAUUACGGGAUGAUUUCACGCGUUGAUGCACAACUUGGACGUAUCCUUCGGCUCGUUGACGUUUCUGAUACGUAUACGUUAUUUUUCACCGAUCACGGGGAAUAUCUUGGGGAUCAUGGGUUAAUUGAAAAGUGGCCAAGUGGUGUAUCUGACUGUCUUGUACAUGAACCUUUAAUCAUUUCUGGUCCUCAGAUUUCAGAAGGAAUGGUCGUAGAUGCUUUGACUGAAAUGGUGGACAUUGGUAGUACAAUUUUAGAGUUAUCCGGAGUAAAGAUAAACUAUCAAACCAAUGGAAAGUCGAUGAUACCGCUCCUAAAAAGCAAAGUUAGCCAUCUAAGAGACUUUGUAAUUUCAGAAGGUGGUUUUUUGCUAAGCGAGGAACCAAUUAUUGAAUACCCGACAAGUUUUCCUUAUACCCUUAAGGGAAAAAUUCAACACGAACACACUGAGGUCGUAGGUCGAGUAAUUGCGCUUAGGGAUGAAAAUUACACAUUCGUCUACAGACUUUAUGAGAAAGGCGAGCUUUACCAUAGAAAGAAUGAUCCGCAAGAAUUACAUAACCUCAUUGAUAGUAGCUCACACUCUCAUUUAAUCGCCAAAUAUGAAAAAAUUUUACUGAGAUUCUUACUUGAGAGUAGCGAUCAUGCGCCGCUUACCAUGGAUGGACGAUUUCCUACAGUUUCACUACUCUCGCCUAAGGAACAGUAUGAAUUGCGCGUUUCUAGAAAUUAA